CGCGGCGCCGGGGCAGCUGGAAGAUUCGAACCGAACUCCCGUCGGGGCGGGCGGCGCGGCGGCAGCCAAUCAGCGCGCGGGGGCGGGGCCUUCCCGGUGCUCUCCCCCCCGCCCCCCCGCCCCGGUCGCUCCCGGUGCUCGCUGCCCCCCCCCCGCGCCCCGAUCGCGGUGCGGGGCCGUGCGGGGCCGCCCCGCCAUGUCCGUGAACAUGGAGGAGCUGCGGCACCAGGUGAUGAUCAACCAGUUCGUGCUGGCGGCCGGGUGCGCCGCCGACCAGGCCAAGCAGCUCCUGCAGGCGGCCCACUGGCAGUUCGAGACAGCCCUGAGCGCCUUCUUCCAGGAGACCAACAUUCCCAGCAGCCACCACCCCCCCCAGAUGAUGUGCACCCCCAGCAACACGCCAGCCACGCCACCCAACUUCCCGGACGCUCUGGCCAUGUUCUCCAAGCUGCGGACCUCCGAGAGCCUGCAGAGCAGCAACAGCCCCAUCACCUCCAUGGCCUGCUCCCCCCCGGGCAGCUUCAGCCCCUUCUGGGCCUCCUCGCCCCCCAGCCACCAGCCCUCCUGGCUGCCCCCCUCCUCACCCACCGCCCAUGGCCUGCACCACCACCUCCACCACGGGCAGCCCGCCUGGCCCCCCGCGCCCCCGCCCGCUGCCCCCCCACAGAAAGCCGUGGCCACCAUGGACGGCCAGAGAUAAGACUGGGAUGAUGGAGGGGGGGGAUUGGGAGGGUGGGAUCGGGGCGGGGGGGGGGUCCGGGCCAGGGCGUUGGGAGCGGGGGCUCCCUGAGCAACGCACUGGAAGCAUUUUCUAGGUUUUAUUAUUAUUUUCGGGGGGGGGACACGCUGCACGAGAGCCUCUGCAGGAGCCGCCAGCUGGUCCUUUACACCCCCCCCUUUUUUCUUUUUUAAAUAUAUAGCUAUAAUAUAUAAAUAUAUCUAAUGUAUAUAAAUCCAGAGAGAAGGAGGCAGCUGUUGGAUGGGGGGGGGGGUCCCUCUGGCUUCCCCCAGCAUCCCUGCAGCAGGGCAGGAGAGGGAAAAGGGCGGGGGGAAUAACACAAAAUCAAGGGAUGGAGGUGGCCAUGGGGGCACAGAGCCAUUGCCCCCCCCCCAGCUCCGGACUUCGCGGGUGCUUCUUGCAGCACCCGCAGCAAAUGCACCCCUCCUCUGGCUUCCGAAAUUCAGCCUGGCUUCUUGCACAGACCCCCCCUGACCCCCCCCGGCACCCCCAGGGCCUGGGGGGGGUGGGUAUCAAGGUGAGGUCCCUGCGGGUGCUGUUCAUGGCCCUUCCCCAGGGAGGGGGCAGCUGGGGAGGUUUUUAGUUUUCAAAUCAAUCUUGCUUAAAAAAACAAAGAAAAGACACAAAAAAAAAAAAAAAGAGA